CACCGCUCCUCCUCCUCCUCCUCAACCGAUCCUCGCCUCCUCCACCGCUACUCUGGCUCCUCCUCAAUCACCUCUCGAUUCCACCACAUCCUCCUCCACCGCCUCAUCCUCAGCAAAUUAAUCGAGGACCCGACGUCGUCUUCUCUUCCUCAGACAUCCUCUUUCUCUAGCAAACUUAUUUAAGGGCUUGACGAAUAUGUCUGGAGUUCCAUCACGGAGCAAAUCACGUAGACUUUUACAGCGCGGAGAUCUGCAUCGUCAAGCGAGAGAGCGUAGGAGAGAACUCGAAUCUGCUCAUGUUUCUACAUCCAUACCUAGCGUUGGGGAGUUUACUCCAGUUAGAGAUAUAGAUUCAAAUCAAAAUGCACCCACACAAGAAAAUGAUUUACAGACGACCCCCCCUUCACACACUAUACCUUCUGGACAAUCGUCAGCUGCAUCUACAUCUGCACCGGUAGGUGUUCCAAAACACUCUUUUAAUCUUCGUCCUAAUCGUGCUCUGAAACGUGCGGAGCGACAGGGCGAUGGAGUGCAGUCACAAUCCUCUGUUCGCACUCGAGGCUCUAAUACUAAACAUAACCUGCAUCCUGAUGCUGAAAAGGGAGAGAAGGCAUGGCCUUUGUACCUUAAUAAUAGGGGCCGCCCCAUUGGUGAGUAUGCUGAGAAAUGGGGAAAGUAUGUGGGGGUGGAGAGCCGUGUGUACUGCAAAUAUCCUCUUCAUUUAGAAUGGGGCGAUGAACAUAAUAGGUCAUUUGAUGAUUUCUUUAUAAGAUGUCAGAAGGAUUAUGAGUUUCUCCCCAUGGAUCCUAAUCAGCCCCUCUCCCAUCAUGUUGUUUAUCGAGGAAUGAAGUCUCAGUUGCAAGAGAGGGUCCGGUAGAAUAGGUGUCAGGUAAAACAAGAGUGUUUUGAGGUGUGGAAAAAUACUCCCGAAGCAGAGAGAGGCUCUCUGGACUACUCAGGCAUUUUCUUGGAUUGAUAGAGACUCAUGGGCUAAUUUGUGCGCUUAUUAUGAUUCAGAGGACAAGAAGGACGAGGCAAGACGUAAUGCGCAGAAUCGGGCAUCAAAUUUGCAUGGUCGAGCAACUUAUACAGGUGGCUCGAGGAACAUGUCUCGGGCUAUGGAUCGAUUGAAAAGUCAAAUCAUUGAGGAUGGUGGCACACCUACAAUGUUGAAACUAUAUUUGGGUACCCACUCGUCAUCAGUAGAUAAGAUUACUGGAGAGUAUACAUACCCGGACAACAGCACUAAAGAGUAUUGCAAUCGAGUCAUCUAGGAGGCAACCUUAUCAGGGGUCGAUUCAGCCACAGAGGACGAUGCACUUUGUUUCACCCAGAUGUUAGAUUCCAUGCACGGAGGGCAUCACGGUGGUUAUGAAAGAGCCAUGGGCAUUGAUGCCACUUGGACUUACUUGAGGGCGUCCUCCAUACCGGAAAUCGACACUUCUAAUCAAGAGCUACGUCGCGACGUGGCUGAUCUUAGAACUCGGGUAGCUGAGAUGGAAAGUCCCAGGGAGCAGCUUAGGGAGGAGUUUAGGUCUCAGAUGCAGUUGAUUACUAACAAUAUGGUACAUAUGCUAAUAUUCACACACUCGCAUACAUAUGUACAUUGGCAUACACAAAUACAUACAUCUUAUACUUAUACACGUAAACAUACACAUAGACUUAACACUCAGACAUGUAUACACUCAUACAUUGCUAUUACUUUAUAGGUUAAUUCUCAGGUCGCUCGUCCUGCUCCCACUCGUAAUGAUCCACCAGCUUUUACUCGUCCGACUCCAAUUCCUCAGCCCGCUACUGAUAUACCACAUUCUGCUCGUCCUGCUUCAACCGCUAACACUUCUACUUCCAGUGCUCAAGGUCUGUCACAUGAGAAUAUUGCUAGGAUAUUUGCAGACUUAAGGCGUUCGGGCUUGUCCCAAGAGGAUAUUCUUCGAUGAAUUUCUUCUGUUCAUUGGCUGGAUGGAUCAGGCCGCUCCUAUCUUAUAUUUUGAUGUAUGAGACAUUUUGGAUAUUAGAGACAAAUAUAUAAUAUUGAAUACUUUUCAUUGUGAGA